UCCCAUGUCUUACGUCCAUCGUCCUCGAAUCACCGUCAAUGGAAUUCGAAGAACCAGAACUUUCCAUUACUUCCGGUGCCAAAAUUGCCACCGAACAGUCCGGUUUGCCUCUAAUUACACACAUCAAAUAUAUUGUCCACAUUGUUUGGGUGACCAACUUGGUCAUGAGCUCGACAUAUCAAGGCCUAGACUUCUCAAUGACCUCUCCGGUCUCGAACCCUCUCCCGCUGCACAAUUGCUAGACACAUUAGCACAAAUGCUCGAUAAUUCAUCGAUAAGGCGUCCGACACCUAAUCAAAGAACACUUUGGGAUGCAGAGAAUGCAAAUGAUCCUUUUAUCACCUUCCAAUUUGGCGAGCCUAAUCCGGAACCGCGACACAUUGUUGAUACUAGAGAAGAAGAUGUGACAUUUGAGAAUAUGUUAAAUGUGGUGCCUGAUAUUACUCACAACGAGCGACCAGGGCCGCCUCCUGCACCAGCCUCUGCCAUAGAAGCAUUGCCAACAGUGAGAAUCACACCACAGCAUUUGAUCAACGAAACGAAUUGUCCAGUUUGUAAGGAAGAAUUUGAAGUGGGUGGUGAAGUGAGGGAGUUGCCAUGUAACCAUUUGUACCAUUCGGAUUGCAUUGUUCCAUGGUUGAGCAUUCACAAUACUUGUCCAGUUUGUCGAUUCGAGCUUCGCGGGGAUGGUGAGGUGGGGAUUGGUUUAGACGAAGCAAUCGCGAAUAAUAUAAAUAGGUGGUGGAGUCAGUUUGUUUCAUCAAGGCCAAUUCGCGCAUUUUUCGACUGGAGGAAUAGAAGUUUUGAUCAAUGGUUAGACAAUAGGAAUGCUGAAGCAACGAAUUCACAGGGAGAUGUCUCGUGGUGGCGAUCUUGGCAGACUUGGCACAUCCUAUAGCAUUAUGUUUCUUCACUAGCCGCCGAUAUAUUUGUACAUUGUUUUCUAUUGAGUGAAGAAAGAGAAAUGUCUUGAUCAACUGAAAGAAUAGGCAUCAAAUCUUGAUAAAGAUACCAUUAGUUUGGAGAAUUGCUGCUUCUGAUGAUGAUGAUAUAAAUACAUAUUAACUUGUAUUGUUAUAUAUAGUCUAUGUGUAUAUAAAUACAGAGUCUACUGAAAAUGAUUCUGAUAAGGAUGUUUUUGUU